GAGCAGGUCAUCCUAAUAAACCAGUGGAAGGAACAUGUAAAAAAAUAGGGUUCGUUUCAUUGAGAAUGAGAUAAAGAAGGCCGAGAGGCAGAUGGACCGAGUGGAAAAACCAGACCAGGUUGUGAAGAAGGUAGAGAGGCAGGUGGACCCAGUGGACACAGUGUUAAAACCAAAGCAGGUAGGAAAGAACCAGAUUGAAAUAAAGAAGCCAAAUUUAGAGGAGAAAAUGGUCCUCAAAAACCUGGAGAGGAUGGAGAACAAAAGGCUGGAGAAGCAGGUGCUUCAGAUGGACCAGAUGACAAAGGUAGAAGAACGAGUGGAUCAGGUAGGUUUGAAGACUAAGGUUAAUAAACCUGAGAAGCAGGUGUGUCUACAGGACAGGCAGGUGGUUCUAGUGAACCGGGUGAAGGAACCAGACAGGGAUGAAGCACCUGAGCACCAGUGGACAGAACUGGAGGAGCCAGCAGCUUUGGAGCACCAAACAUGGAAACUGAAGGAGCAGAACCUGGAUAGAGGAUGCACUGAAGAUCCACUGAAGAACAUCUCCGAGGCGUCUUCAAACCUACCGGACCACGAGCAGCUGCAGGACGACGUUCUUGUUCCCCCCAUCGUCGAAGCCCAACCUGGAGAGUCCGGGGCUCUGAUGGAGACCGCGCGUGAAGAUGAAGGUGUCCCGAUGCCGAAGUCGAGGAGAGCCAGCCUGAGAACCAAACGGUUCCAGUUCUUCAACGCCUGAAGCUGAGGUGGUGACGAUCCGGAGAUCAUCCAAUCACACGCCGACUUUUCCAACAUCAAAAUAACAAUAAAGUGCCUUCAUGAA